AUGGAACUGAAGUCGAUAAUUUCACUUGGAAACAAAGGCUCAAUAUUUGCAUUAGUGCAACCCGGGAAUUGGACUAUCUCCACACAAACAACAAGCAAAGUGUCAUACGUGUUAUGUGGAAGGCCAGCAGUGGAUUUAAGAUAUGACGAUGAUGAUGAUGAUGAUGAUGAUGAUGAUGAUGAUGAUGAUGAUGAAAGUCUAAUUUAG